AUGAUCUCUCCCAUGGUCAAAACAGGUUUACCAAAAUUUAUGUCAUUUCUAACUCAUCGAUAUGUCGAACGAGCUCUAUGGGCAUUUGCUGAAUUAGGUGUUGCCGAUCAAAUGGCUAGUCAUGAAUCACCACUAACUGCAGCUGAAUUGAGUAGACUAAAUGGAAAUAAUUGGAAUAGUGAAUUUCUGUAUCGUGUAUUACGAACACUUGCUGACGCUGAUGUUGUUAUACAGUUCCCCUCCGAUGAUGAAGAUUCAAAUACUAGCAAUAAUCCAGAAUAUGAAGAUCGUUUUCAAUUAACAGACAGUGGUCUGUUCCUAACAACUAAUCAUCCAUCAAACGCUCGUGAUAUAGUUCGUUUAGAUUUAGGUCCAGUUAUGGAAAAGUCAUCAACGUACCUUCCCAGUUUAAUUCAAAAUGGUUAUAUAAAUGGUAAUGGAUUUGAACAAGCAGUUGGUGAUAGUUUAUUUGAUUAUUUACAAAAAGAAGAAAAUAAGGAAUAUUCAGUUAUGUUUAAUAAUGCAAUGAGUUCAUUUUCAAACUAUGAGGGACCAUUGAUUGCUUCAGUUACAGAUUUUUCACGUUUUACAAUAUUAGUUGAUAUUGGUGGUGGGGUAGGUACAUUAUUAUCAUUUAUACUAGAGCAAUGCAAACAAUUAAAUGGUAUUGUGUUUGACUUAGAUCAUGUUAUUGAAAAUGCUAAAACAUCAAAACCAAACGAAUUUGAAGCAAAACAAAUUGAACACACUCGUUACCAAUUUAUAUCGGGUGAUAUGUUUAAAUCAGAAACAAUACCACAAGCUGAUGCAUAUAUGAUGAAAUUUAUUAUGCAUGAUUGGAAUGAUGAAAAAGCAAUUGAAAUAUUAAAAUCGAUUCGUCUUGCAAAUAAAAAUUGUGAAUGGAAAACUAUAACGAUAUUUAUAGCUGACAUGAUGAUAUUACCCAAUAAUAUUAAUAAUUGGGAGGCACGCGCGAUGGAUAUAGAAAUGCUAUCGGUAACAAGCGCCAAAGAAAGGACAAAAAGGGAAUAUAUACGGUUACUGGAACAAAGUGGAUAUGUGUUUAAACAAUUAUAUCAAACAAGCGGAGUUCAUUCAGUUAUUGAAGCAACAGCAAUAACUAAUACAUUUCCUGAUCAAGUUUAA